AUGGCGGCUGCUCACGCGCAGGGAACGCCGACUCUGUCACUUCGUAACGGCUGCAGGUGUGUACCUGAGGCCGGGGUGACAGUGGAGGAAUUGCUUUUGAGUAUCGAUGGUACUGUACAGAAAUUUGGUUCUGAGGAAAAUGUGGCUGAUGAGACUGAGAGUUUAUCACAGUAUAUUGAUGACGUAAUGAGAGAUGAAGAGCAGUGGUCUGAUGCAUCUAAGGAGAUUGGGAAAGAUCUGUAUCCUUUGGAGCAGAUCAAUUCUUUUCUUGAUAAGACAAAAGGAAAAGCGGGUGUUGAAAUAAGAGAAUACUUCCUGGAUGCUGAAAAGUUUAUUGCUUCAAACACAAACAUUGAGUCAGCAGUCCGUGUGCUUCUAAACUGCAUAAGAAGUGAAAGGGAAGGAACUCACACACCUCAAAACACCACUGCUCAGCCUACUGCUACUGGGCCUUCCAGCAGCAGACCUGUAAGACCAGCCACAGUGCAGCAGGAGAUGCAAAGAUGUUUCCCCUCAAUGUAUUCUGGAGGCCUGAAAAGAAAAAGGAAGUCAGCUGAUACUCCACGUGUAUCAGUGACAACGUUUAUGGAACUGCAGUUCUGCCUGCAAUCUGAAAACACAGACAAAACCCCAAAGGAUGAGGCAGUGCUCUUACAGGCAGGUCUUGGGAGGAGGAACAUAAACAUGGCUGAUAAUGCGGAUCAUACAGAGAUAAGUCGAGUACUGCUGGAAGAAUUUCCCAAAAUGAGAGAUUUGCGUGGUGGUUGGCUGCUUACAAAAGCUUCUGGGGGCAGUGGGCGAAGAAAGACUACUCCAUUGCCCCAGGAAACUGAAGGGUACACUGCAAAAGUUCUGAAGUCCUCAUCAAACAAUGGGAAAAAUGUAAUAUAUAUUGUACCUCUUCAAGAAAAAAUAGAUACUACCCCACUGCCAUAUGAUGCUGAAGAGUUUGAAAGAAUGCCAAAAAACACAUGCAUGACUUGUGGCAAACUGAUUCCUCUGCCCCUGAUCCAGUUCCACAUUGAGUCCUGUGGAGAUAAAAAACAUGACACUGAAGAAGAAACAGAACAGACAGCUGAACAGGAUUCAGAUCUUAUUUGUGUGGACUCCUGUCCAAUUUGUGGAAAGCAGUUUCCUGCAGAGAUUGUUGCCUCCCAUGCAAGUUCAUGUGGGGAAAGGUAUUGCAAGCAUGAUGAAAAAAAAAAGAAAACAACAAUAGUGCCAAUACUUUUAGAUCAAUUGAUUAAAAUGAUCAGUUUGAUCUUUUAG